GAUAUCAGCAAAAUCCUGCACUGUAAUAGCGGUUUUUAAAGUCUAGGGUCACUAAGUUUUGCGCGUUAGAAUCGUGUUUUUUGUUUGUUUGUUUUUUAAUACCCGUGCUGGGGCUGCACCCCAGACAAUGAAACCAAACCCUCUGGGAGCAGAGCCCAAACACUGGUAUUUUUAAAGAGCUUCCCAGCUUUAGGCAUGGGUUAUUCUUUAAUCCCUACUGCCUGUUAGAGGGGCUGGAUGACACCUAGUGGGCGCAUUCUCUUAAAGAGUCCUGGAAUCAAAUCCUCUCUUUUUCUUCUCCCAGGAGUUGUCAGGUUUGCAUUUUAAUGGGGCGGGGGCAUCAAACUAGAGGAAAUCUUUGGGACACCAGCCGGCUCCUCGCGGCUUAGGGCGCGCUCACUUCCCAGCGCCGGAGGCUGUGGUGAGGGCCAGCUCUGCCCACAGCGCGCCGCUGACCGGGUGGUGGCGGCUCUAAGUCAGCUUUCAGCAGAACCGGAGAAAGGAAAAAGCGUAGACCACCACGAGGAGAGGAAGAGGCAGCGACGGAGGCGGGGUGAGGAAGAGCUAGGGAGGAGCCGGAGGAAACGUAGCCGCGAGAGGGCGGUCCCUGGUGUGGUCCUGCUUCCGGACGGCGGCCUGGUCACCAUGGCAGGCCUGGACAUCGGACUGACUGUGCCCGUGUGGCUGGCCGAGGACGACCUGGGCUGCAUCAUCUGUCACGGGCUGCUGGCCUGGCCCGUCACGCUCCCCUGCGGCCACAGCUUCUGUCGAGACUGCCUGAAGGGCCUGUGGGGCGCGAGGCGUCACUGGUCCUGCCCCACCUGUCGCGAGGGCGCCGCGCAGCAGCUGGACCUGCGGAAGAACACACUGCUGCAGGACCUGGCUGACAAGUACAGCCGGGCGGUGGGCGAGCUGGAGGGCGGCCAGGGCCGGACUCCGAUUCCCGCCCCCGACCCCGCCCCCGGGCCGCAGCGCCGCACCGCUCAGCUGCGGGCGGUGGCAUCGAAGAGCAUCACAGAAGUUGAUCACAAGCUGGCAGAGCUGGUGGAACAACUUGUAGACAUUGUCAGGAGACUUCAGAGUCAGAGACACCUCCCAGAAUCUGGACCAGACAAUAAAAUGAACACCCUGGGCAUGGCUUUUUCUGAUGGGAUGGACCUUUCCUCGGCUUCUCCAAAGCAAGAAACUUCCAACACACCUGAGGGAAAAAUGAGAGACAUUCUGCAUGACCUAGAAGAAAUCCAGGAAAAAUUACGAGAAAACUUCACAGAGAAAGAGCCCCUUGAAGAAAAAAGGCAGGUUAAACUCUCAAAAGCUCCAUCUUCCUCGUCAUGCCCACUGGUUGACCAGAGCCAGCCUGCAUCCAAGCAGGUCUCCCGGUUUGCUCAAUGGGCCGUCAGUCUAACCUUUGACCUGAGGAGCCUCUCCUGUAGCCUGGAGGUGUCUGAGGAUUGCCAGACAGUGACCGUGUCUCACUUCUCACGGUUCUAUCCCUGGAGUCAUGAGAGGUUUGCAACCUGCCAGGUCUUAUGUUCCCAGGCCUUCUCUUCUGGGCAGAAGUACUGGGAAGUGGACACUCAGAAUUGCAGUCACUGGGCAGUUGGCGUGGCUUCCUGGGGGAUGAGCCGUGACCAGAUCCUGGGAAGGACCAGGGACUCCUGGUGUGUAGAGUGGAAGGGGACUAGCCAGCUCUCUGCAUGGCACAUGGUCAAGGAAACUGUCCUUGGCUCAGAAAAACCUAGGGUAGUGGGCAUCUGGCUGGACCUUGAGCAGGAGAAGCUUGCCUUCUAUUCAGUGGCUAAUCAGGAAAAGCUUCUGUUCGAGUGCCCAGUCUCUGGUUCCUCUCCCCUGCACGCUGCCUUCUGGCUAUAUGGCUUACAUCCUGGAAACUCUCUGUCUAUAAGGCCUGUAAAGGUAUAAAGGUUCUCUGGAGUUAAAACAUGGUGGUUUCCUGACCUUUUUCUCUGCCUUCAAGCAGGGUAGCAACCUGACAAGAGUCUCACUCCCGAAGUUAAGGGGUACACGUAAAGGGUUAACUCUGCAGACUUGGGAUGUUCAAACUCUGCACAUUCCAAAGAAAGGACGGGCCCUUGACUGGCUCCUGGAAGAUAAUCUCUAAUCCCUGGAAUAUCCUGCCUGCUAAGAGUGACUUUGUUUACCUGGUAACCUUAGGCCAGGAGGUUAUCAGCUUGACCUCUGGAGGAGCUGGAGACUUACGUUAGCCACAUGAGCAGUAGGGCCUGCCUACAUGACUGACCCCCAAUAAAAGCCCUGGACUCCAACACUUGGGUGAGUUUUUCUGGUUGGCAAUACUCCUUGCACGUUGUCACAUAUUGUUGCUGGGAGAAAUAAGCAUUGUCCAUAGAACUUCACUGGGAGAGAAUAAUUAGUGUCUCUUGGGUCCUGUCCUAUGUGCCUUUGCCUACUGCUUAUUUUAAUCUGUAUCUUUUCACUGUAAUAAACUGUAACCAAGAGUAUAACAGCUUUGCUGAGUUCUGUGAGUCCUUCUAGUGACUCUCAGAAUCUGAGAGUGGUUUUAGGAACCCGCCAACACAAGGGGCAUAUUAUCAGUCUCUGUGUAAUAAUAUUACCAUAAACUUAGUGGUUUCAAACAACACACGUUUAUUAUUUCAGUUUCUGUAAGUCAGGAGUCAGGGCACAGCUUAGCUGAGGCCUCUGCUUCAGAGUCUCACAAGCUGUAGUCACGGUUUCAGCUGGGGCCACGGUGUCAUCAGAGGCUUGACUGGGGAAGGAUCUGCUUCCAAGCUCACAUGGUUGUUGGCAGCAUUCAGUUUCUCGUGAGUUGUCAGACUGAGGGCCUCAGUUCUUGUUGUGUAUUGGUUUGAUAUAUUUCAAUUGUUUAUGACUUAAGUGAAGUUGUUUUAAUACUGUUUAUGGCAAAGACAAAAAAAUAUUUUUAGAAGUAAAAUUGUUUUGAUAUAAAAAUAAAGUAAGUCGGGAUGUCAUUAUCGUAUCUGUAGGAUGUUGAUAAGCACUCAAGCUCAGCUGUUAUGGCCCCUCUGGGGGCUUAUCAAUAAGAAUAUGUGAAGAAGCAACUAUGGCAAGAGGACACUUAGACUAUAAAUACUGAGAGUUUGCAAGGAAUAUCUGAGAGUUUCGGUCUGGGCAAGGCAAUACUUUGCUGACCUGAAGAGCUUUCCGGACACCCUUGGAACAUUAACUCCUGCCAUGGUAAAGGUGACUCUUACCAGCAGUGGAAAGAGAUCAUCUUGCCUAAUAGUGAUGCCAUCAUUCCAUAGCAAUGUGCUCUAGCAACAGGGACUUUUACUUUUGCACUGGCAGCUAAUGUCAGCUCCCAGUUGGCUAAGUCUUCUCUCCCAAGUACCAACUGGUAUAAAGGUACAUCUCAACUAAAUUGGGACUUCAUUCUUUUCAUCUCCCCUUUCCUGAAACAAUAGUGUAAUUAAUCUCAUUGGUUUAGAGAACGUUACUUCUUUAUUGGCUUAUUAAGAGACUUUAUCCCGUAUGCUAUUGGCUGGUGAAAUUAUUAUAAUUCCCUCAGUGAAGCUGUGUUAAACAAUUGUCAAAGACAAACUCAGUCUCAGCAUAAUUUGUCCCCAAAACAAAACAGAUGGGGUUGGGGGGGAGGGGGUUGAUCAUGAGUCUUACAGUCUGGCCAGCACAGGAUGUCAUUUCAUACUUGAUUUCCUCUAUUUUUAAAAAUCAUUUUGUCAUAAAACAGAUGUAGAGAACCACAUAAAACACGUGUGGAGUGGAAUGAAUUCCUGUAAGGUAAACACUCUUGUUAACUACCCUUCAAGUCAAGAAAUAAGAGCUUGCUACCUACCCAGAAGCUCCUUUGUGGGCCCCAUCCCAAUCCCCAAAACCUCCUUCCACCUGAAAGGAAUCCGAACUUUUACAGUGAUUACUUCUUUUUUUUACUUCUUCUCUUUAGAGUUAUGCAUCCCUCGCCACAAGUUUAUCUUGCCCAUUAAAAAAAACAAAAACAAAAACAAAGACCCUGAUAUCUUUUGCUUAACAGCUUUGUUGAGAUGUAAUUUCCAUACUAUAAAAUUCACCUAUUUAAAGUGUACAAAUUAGUGUUAUUUAGCAUAUUCAUGGAGUUGUGAAACCAUCACCAUAAUCUAAUUUUAGAACAUUUUCAUCAUCCCCAGAAAGAACCCUCAUACCCAUUAGCAGUUGAUAAAUCUUCUUCUAAGUCUCCUAAUCUACAUGCUUCCCCCUCCUUUUCUGUUCCUUACAGUUCACAUCUGUAGGACCCCAGGCUGCAUUAGCACCUAUUUUAAAGAUGUGGAAAUUCAACUCUGUUAGACUGGGUUGAGCCUUGCCACACAAACCAGCCAGGCAACCUUUGACAAUGCAUUUAACUUCUUUGUCUCUCUUUCCCCUGUAAAAUGGAAAUAAUAAUUAUUUUCCCUUCCUUACCUUCCUUCAAAGGUUGCUGAAAGAAUUAAGUAAGGGUUUCUGAGAAAAUUGGGAAAAUGCCAGGGUGAUUAUAACCAUAGAAACAAUGACAACUAUAUUUUACUCUCACACACUUUGGUCUCUUAACAUUUUGAGAUUCACACCUGAGUUUGGUAUGUAUGCUUGAAAAUGGGCAAGCAGAAUAUUUCUGCAAGAUCUUCUAAUUUUGCUCUCUGAGCCUCAUGACCACCCCGUGUGAUGAAUUUUACUAUCCUUCUGUUAACACACAAGGAAGCAGAGGCCAGGGCAGGGUCAAUCAGCUGAGUGUGGCAGAGCAGGGACCAGGCCCAAUUUCCCCACACUCAAGUCUCUAACCUUAAUACUCUCUGAUAAGGUUCCAUGCUGUGACCAGGACCUGGCGUUCCAAUUUGAUAGGACACAGCUAGCCCUAGAGCCAUGAGGUGUUCUUUUUUUUCUGGUUGUGGUUGGUGGUGGUCCUCAGUAUACUGGCCUUGGGUUGUCCAAGCAAGGACAGGGCUUCUCUCUGUGCCAGAUGAGCAUUAAAAGGCUCUAUGUUCUCACUUUCUGCAUUAGGGAGCUUUUAUCUUCUCAACCAGAGUCACCUUGAUGCUCGCCUUUUAAAAGUACUGAAAAUUUAAAGACCAGGGAUUUAGCUUCUUGAGGGUUUGAUGAAAUACCAUCCUCUCAAGUGGUUUGGAUAAAGGGGGCUCUGUGAGCAUGGGGUUUAUCAGCUGGUCACAUGCUUUCCCCCAACUGGAGCCUAAGCACAAGAAUCAUAAAGGUAGAGAAUAAAGGUUAUCACUUUUGGUUUCCUUGCUUUUAUCUUGAGCUUUCUGUCAGUACAACCCUUUCAGUACACUGCGGAAAAUGGCACCCUUCCCUGGCACAAACAUACAAUCCUCCAAAGGAGAACCGAAGUUGAAAUGCCUCUUUUCAAAUGGAGAUGGAGGACCUCCCACUCGGGUCUGCAUUGUUUCUGAGAGGAAACUGUCCCCCCACACAUCAAGCCUGAAAGACUUCUCAGGGGACGAAGGCUCUUUCCUUGGGGAGAGCACCAGGAACUCCCCCGUGGGCAGCUUCUCACCCUAUCUGGAGAUGUUUCUCUCAAACACUUGUGUUUUCUUUCAGGCCUUGUCUCUUUUAAGUGCUUUUUUUUUUUUCCUGGGAGUCCAGGGAGAAAGAGGUAGGGUGACGUCAGUGAUGAGGGCUACCUCUGUGUAUUUUUCCUCUUCUCCACCUCAGACACAUACUCACACUCACCUGCUGGGGAGGAAGCUACUGGAAGGUACUUGUCAAAGAAUGUCCAGCCUAAGAAAAAGUCUUAUAAGAGUUUAUUUGAGCCAAGCUGAUGACAAUUGCCAGGGAGAGGACUGUGGAUGAAAAAGGGGCCACAUACUAAACCUGACAAGCUCAGGGGAGGCCUGCAUGGUGGGCCUUACAAAUUCAGGGACCAAAAGUAACCACAUAGGAUGGUCCGAACAUAAAAAUUCCUGACUAAAAGUGAACUGUGACAGGUAGUCACAUCCUGAGCUUGUAGCUCCCUUAACAAAGGUCAAUAUUUACCUUAACUGAGCCUGUCCAUGUCUUUUUGCACCUAAGAUAAUACACCCUUGGAAUAUCAGAGUGAUCCCCUUUUUCUGGACCCCUCAGGGUACAGCCUCCCACCGGAGCACGAGCCCACAGAACCUCUGUUGUUAUCUUGUUGCCCAUACACCAUCUCUAUGUGUGUAAAUGUUAACUAGCCUGUACCCACCAAUGUAAAAGUGUGUGUCUCUCCAUUUUAUUUUCUAUCCAAUCUCAGAGAUUUCCGCACGUUUCUUUCUCUUACCUCCCUAAUCUACCACCGAUGAAUUUCAUAUAAACCCUCAACCACUUACAAGUCUUCUCCUUUGAUUCUAACAUAAAUAGGCUGUAAAACUACCAUUUUCUGGAGCAUUUUCUCAGUCUGUUAAGAUUUUGCUUCCUGGCAAUUGUCGUAAGUUUGGCUUAAAAAAACUCCCAAAAUUCUUUUUCUUAGGCUGGAUAUUCUUUUUUUAACACCCUGUUGUGCCCGUUAUUGGGAUGCAGGGCUUUGGGUUCCUGGAAGAACUACCUGCUGAGCAGGAAGCCACCACCUUCGUACACUCACAGCAACCUCCAAUACAGUUAUAUCUGCCCCUUGCUUUUCCUCAAAUACAUUUUUUUUUUCUGGAAAAUUUUAAUUUGAAGACUUUAUUUCCUAGAUGAUUGCAGAAAGAAACCGUGAAAUGAAACGAUGUUGCUCUCUGGGGAGACCUCUCAGGCCCUCUAGCUGUGAUAGAAGAAGUCCCUUCCCCAGGGUUAGGUAUCUGGGGCUUUUGAGAGGAAAAGGAGAAUUUUUCUUGGUAUAUGCUCAACUCUAUCAUCCUGCACUCCCUCAGCCCCAAACCCCAAAUUCAUCCACUUGCAUAAUUGCUGAAAACCCUAAUCACAGCAUGAUUGUCCUUCCAGAGGAUUGCAGACUUCUUUAAUUAUACUUAGUUUAUGCUAAAGAUUUAUUUUUAAUUUGGGCUUUACCUUCCUAAUCAGGCAUAGUAUUUUUAGGACAGGGUUUCCCAAGCUUCAGCCUUUUAUGUGCCACGAUUGGUUACAUCUGUAUGUCUCCUGUACCUUUUUUUACUUAUUUUUUUUCUCCUAAACCGAUUCACUUUUCUCCCUUCAGGUAUAUUUAUUUCAAAAGGAAAAUUAAAAAUAUAUGUAAAUGGAAACCAGAAUCAUAUAUCUUAAAAAGCAGGGUAACCCUAAAUAUAUGUGUCAAGGAAAACAAAACAAUGUUACUACCUUGAUACUAUUGUCUGUGUAAGGCUCUGAACCUGAGGCUUACUCUCUCCCUCCCUCUCAAUAGAUUAUCAAGUGUUAACAAUGAUUUACUGAGGCUUUCACCUUGACUUAAUCAAGAUGGAAAGAUAAUAGAAAAGGGAAUAUCUUUCUGGCCACAAGAGUCACUCUGAUGUCCCCGCAUCAUUUAUAUUUCUCUUAUUCUACCAUGUCAGGAAACAGGACUCCAAAAAUUGGUCUGGUGAAAUUUGGAAGACUGUGUCUUCUUUCCCUGCUCAGUGAAAUGGUCACCUUUAUUUUUCAAAAUAUAUAUGCCCUGGGGGAGAAAACCUUAUGGUUUUGAUCACUGACAAUCUCCAGGACACAGUGUCUGAGAGCUACCAUAGGAUCUCUCCUCCUACCCACUUCCUGUGCAAUUAGUCACCAAGUUCUGACUGGAUUCUGCCAUCUCAAAUCAUCUCAAUUCCAAUCCCUCCUCUUCCCUCUGCAUCUAAACACUGGUUCAGACUCUCAUCACUACUCUCCUGGAUUAUUUUAAUUUGAGCCCCUCCAACUCUAGUCAGAACCCCUUCCCAUCUAGUCUCAUUCGGCUGCUAUGAGCUUUCCGAAACACAAAUAAGAUCAUGUUGCUCCUUUGCUUAAAAAUCCCCAGUGCCUACAGCAGAACGUUCCACUUCCUUGCUCUACUCUUCCCUACCUCUAGCCCCUGUUUCCUGUCAUCCUCCCUCAUACACCUUUCACCCCAGCCCCCCUGCUUUGCGUCAUAUAUACUUUUGCACAUCCACUUUGCUUUGCCUAGAGUAUCCUCCCCUUGUCCAGAGAGAAGUCACCAUUGAAAAUGGUGCACGAUGAGUUUAGAUCAGAUCAAAGCUGAUCCACUAAUACUAGGAAUGAAUAGUUAGGUCACUCAGGCUAAAACCGUGGUCAUUUUCCUAGGUGCUUUCUGGGGAUAUCUGCAUUUUUGCUGGGUUAUGGCAUUGUGUUGCAUGGGGGAUCAUCUGUGAACACAGCCAUGCAGAGAGCAGAUUACUAGAAGGAAUGGGACACAGGCACGUAAGUCUGGCUGGUUUCAGCUAGAGCUGGGGCGAGGAGGGAGGAGGUAGAAAGAGAUUUAGAUUAUGAGAUGCUAACUUUUAUGCAAGGUUUUUGAAAAGGGAGGUUUGGGUAUGUAGAUAAUGAUUUGGAGGAUUCUGAUGAGAGGAAGGAUGGAUGUCUAAAGAUGAAUUGCCUUGUCCACAACUUGCCUGCCAUGAUAACUCUGUGAUGUUUAUUACUGUGUCCCUAGCACCUGGCACAAAGCCUCAAUAUGCUGAAAACAAUAAAUAUGUUAAAUGACUUAAUACACAUGAUAUCCUACCUUAAUGUCUCACUUAAAGUAUUGCUAUUCUUUUAAAUAUUUCUAUUAAUUUACUUAAAAGAUAUAAUUAUUAAAUUCACUUUGACAUUUUACAAAAGAUGCUUGUACUAAAAAUUAAUUCAUAAUCUUUAAUGUAUUUUUCUAUUCUUUGUACUCUCAUCUAAUAUUUAUGUAUGUCAAUUAGUUUUUAAUUACCCAAUUAACACAUGAGCAUGCUUGUAAAAGUUCAAAAUUAUAAGUUGCAUAAGUGAACAUAUACUUAGUUUUUAUAUAGUUGUGAUUAUAUAUAUGGUUUUAUAUUUCCAUUUUUUUACCUAUUUUGUAAAUACUUUUCUAUAUCUUUAAUAGUCAUUAGUCUCAUUGACUCCAAAGGUCCAAUUAUUUUAUGUCAUACUUAAUUUAGAUAUUCCCUUUUAAUUGUAUGUUUUUCUAUUUUUUAACUAUUGUGUAAUAUUGCUAUAAAUAGAAUAUAUAGGUAUAUGUAUAGUUCUUUUGAAUUAUUUUCUUAGAAUAUAUUUAAUUGUGGUGAUUUCUUUGCAACGAUAAACAGAAAUUAUAGACUUACUAUUCUAUGGAAUUUUUGGUUUUGCAGAAAUAGCUUGUGGCCUAAAAUAUUUUGAGAAUCACUGGUUGGUAUAUAAGUCAGCAAAAAUUUUAAUGUCUCUACAAUGAUUAAAAAUUUUAUUAGAUCCGUUUUUGCUUAUAGUGUUUAUAAUUUGGUAGCAGUCUAAUCAGUUUACCCUUGGAAAGAUAAUGCAAGUCAGCAAAUGAAUUCCAAAUUUUAAAGUGCAGCUGUUAAGGGUGAUAAUGUAACUAUGAACUAUGUGUUAAGCAACAUGAUAAAUGCUUUACCUGCAUCAUUAUUUUUUAAUUCAAUAUAUUGGGGUGACAUUGGUUAAUAACAUGAGUUUCAAGUGUACGAUUCUAUAAUAUGUCAUCUGUAUAUUGCAUUGUGUGCUCACCACCAGUCUAGACUCCUUCCAUCACCAUAUAUUUGACCCCCUCUCCCCUCUUAAUUCUUCCCCUACCCCCUUUCUCCUCUGGUAACCAUCAUACUGUUAUCUGUGUCUAUGAGUCUGUUUUGUUUGUUCAUUUUGUUGCUUUCUGUUUCACAUCCCAUGUAUGAAUAAAAUCACAUGGUUCUUGUCUU